AUGGAAAAAGCGAGGGAAGGAAGAAACCACAAGUGGGAAUUCGGAGUCCGAACGAAGAAGAAGAAGAAGAAGAAGAAGAAGAAGAAGAAGAAGAAGAAGAAGAAGAAGAAGAAGAAGAAGAAGAAGAAGGAAGAAGACAACAAAUCUCAAGGGUCUGAGAUUGUGAGUGUGUUUGUUUCAAGGUAUUCUGGCCAGUUCAAUGUCAAACUUAGUGAAGCUUGA